UAACCGUUUCUCUGAUACAGGCAGUUAUUUCAAUAACUGUCUAGUGUCAACAGUGCCUCGCGCCAUCUGUUGACCGAAGAUCGUAAUACGCUUUCCCGUCAAUUCAUCGGAGAUCUGGCUACGAACGAAGGAGAGUGAUAGACCAUUUGGAAGGCGUUUUAUAGGCCAUGGGAAUAACUGAGACUGCACGCCAUCUGUUGAUUGCAGAACUAAAGCAAUGGACCAGGAGCCAGCUACGUGGAUAAAAAAAGAGGAAAUGGACGAAGUGAAAACAGAGAUACCCUUCAUGGCCCAAGUUUACCCAUUAAGCAUGAAUGUAAAAGAAGAGUUGGAGGAGGGUGCAAAUAAAGAGUCCAUUGAAGAUCCAUUGGGAAUAUCAUGGUCCACUGAUUUUAUCAAGGAGGAUCCUGAAUUAAAUUUGGAACUGAGUGUAGCUGAGAAUAUUGUGGAAACCUCAACAAGAUACGCAUCUGAUAGUGCAAGAUUGACUCAGUGUACUGGUGGGAGCAGUGGCAUAUCAUGUGAAGAAACUUGUCACCAUAGACUGGUCCAGGAUGAGUUGUUGAUAGACAUGGAGAAGUCAGCACAAGAGUUUGGUACCAAUACAGAAGAUAUGACUGUUGAUAAGAACUGCUCAGUUGCCACGCGAUAUAACUGUAGUACGUGGGAAAAGGAAUUACAUGUAUAUAACUGUAAUUUCUGCCAACAGAGCUUUCCUUCAAAAUACAGAUUCAUAAAGCAUGUGUUUAUUCACAUUGAUGGUAUGCUACCACCUUUAUAUGUUUGUAAGUGGUGUGGUGAGGUAUUUCACAGUAAUGUUAGUUUGAAAAAACAUUUGCGAAUGAGUGAGAAUUACCAUUUCUCAACUGCCGGCAACCAUGAAAAUUAUGGCUAUAGUGAUGAGCAUCAAAGCACUAACUUCUCAGAUAGUGAGCCAGAAGUUUCUGUCACAGAACUCAAUAAGCUGAAUUCAUACAAGGAAACAUGGAAAGCUGCAAACAAGUCUGAUAAUGACAUAGGUAACACACUUCUGACAAAUGAUACAGAGGAAACAAAUCAUUAUGGAACUUUAUCUACAACUGUUAAUGUCAGUUUCCAGGGUAAUCUACUUACUGCAAACAGAACCCACAAAUGUGACAUUUGUGGCAAAUCUUUUGCUGGUGCAGGCAAUCUCAAGAAACACGUAUUAAUUCACACUGGAAAGAAACCUCACAAGUGUGAGAGUUGUGGGAAAUCUUUUGCUUUCCCAAGCGAUCUAAAGCAACACGUAUUAUUUCACACUGGAAAGAAACCUCACAAAUGCGAUAUUUGUGGGAAAUCUUUUGUUGUCUCGAGCGAUCUCAAGAAACAUACAUUAAUUCACACUGGAAAGAAAUCUCAUAAAUGUGAGAUUUGUGGAAAAUCUUUUGUUUUGUCAAGCGGACUCAAAACACAUAUAUUACUUCACGCUGGAAAGAAACCUCAUAAAUGUGAGAUUUGUGGACAAUCUUUUGCUGGUGCAGGCAAUCUCAAGAAACACGGAUUAAUUCACACUGGAGAAAAACCUCACAAAUGUGUGAUUUGUGACAAAUCGUUUACCCGGUCAGCUAAUCUCAAGGCACACACGUUAAUUCACGAUGGAAAGAAACCCCACAAAUGCGAUAUUUGUGGGAAAUAUUUUGCCCAGUCAGCUUAUCUCAAGCAACACGCAUUAAUUCACACUGGAAAGAAACCUCAUAAAUGUGAGAUUUGUGGGAAAUCUUUUGUUUUGUCAAGUGGACUCAAAACACACAUGUUACUUCACACUGGAAAGAAACCUUAUAAAUGUGAGAUUUGUGGGCAAUGUUUUGCUGCUGCAGGCAGUCUCAAGAAACACGGAUUAAUUCACACUGGAGAAAAACCUCACAAAUGUGAGAUUUGUGGCAAAUCGUUUACCCAGUCAGCUAAUCUGAAGGCACACACAUCAAUUCACACUGGAAAGAAACCCCACAAAUGCGAUAUUUGUGGGAAAUCUUUUGCCCAGUCAGCUUAUCUCAAGAAACAUGCAUUUAUUCACACUGGAAAGAAACUUAAAUGUGAGAUUUAUUGGUAAUCUUGUUUUCUCAAGCGUUCUCAAUAAACGUAUCACUUUGCACUGGAGAGAAACCUCCUACAUGUGAGAUUUGUGGGAAAUCUCAAGACACGGUAAUUAAUUCACACUGGAAAGAUACCUAACAAAUGUGAAAUUUGUGACAAAUCGUUUGCCCAGUUAGGUUAUCUCAAGAAACAUACAUUAAUUCACAGUGGAAAGAAACAUCACAAAUUUGAUAUUUGUGGGGAAUCUUUUGUUAGGGCAGGCUAUCUCAAGACACAUCAUUCAUAUACGCUGGGAAAAGACCUCACAAAAGUGAUGUAGUGAUCAAUCUUAGAUCAGCUGAUCUCAAGGCAGAUGCAUUAGAACACAUUGGAAGGGGACCACACAAAUGUGAUAUGUGACAAAAGGUGCACUCAGUUGGGCACUCUCAAGACACAUGCAUUACUUCACAUCAGAAAGAAACUACAAGCAAGUGGUAGUUUAUGUAAAUAGGUUUUCGUGGUUGGUGCCCUCAAGGCCUGUAAAAUAAUGGAUGAAGCAAGGGGACAAUAAAUUAUAAUGGCUGUGAAGUAACAUAAAAAUGUGGUUUAACUGUGAAACAGUGUGCAAUAAUGUGUACUAUAGAUUGGUAACAGAUAAUGUGAUGAUAUAAUUCAUAUCUGCAGCUUGAGACAUCAAGAAAUUUUAUUACUAAAUACUCCAGAAAUAGGACUCAAAUGUAUAUUUGUCAUUAACACUUAUGUUCUUCUCCUAUCAGUCUCGAGACAGGAAGAUUGUGUAUUGUGAUAAAUCCAUAUGUUUGUCAGUAAUCAUAAGUACCUUGCAAUAUUCAGUAUAAGGCCAAGGAUGUGUGUUGACUUGCAUAGUCAUCAUGUAGUACUUGUUACUCUGUAUUUUAGAAACAGUGACAGUAAAAAUAUAUUAAUGGCACUUCCUUCAUUCACGCUAGUACACUUAACACUGGAGAAACAUGGUUAUAACAAUUAUUUUACUCAGAUAUGUUUUCUCAGGAGAUGUCAUUAAUAGUGUGUACAUUUAUGUUCUGUUGGUACUAAUCCUGUAUCAGUAAACGUAACAACAAAUAUAGCAACGUGCUUAAUAGCAUGUUUGUUCACCUUCGGAACACAAUACUUCGACAGUUCUUCAUGAUAUGGACUUGACAUGUCAUUUGUGUUUCGGGAUGAAUGUUAUACCAUUUGCAUUCCACAUGUUCAGAUCAGCUACAUGGUGUGGUCAAGAUGUGUUAGGUACCAGCCUCGUGAUGACUGGGUGUUGUGUGAUGUCCUUAGGUUAGUUAGGUUUAAGUAGUUCUAACUUCUAGGGGACUGAUGACCAUAGAUGUUAAGUCCCAUAGUGCUCAGAGCCAUUGUUAGGUACCAUGCUACUCAGACCACUGUGGAGUCGUUCUGCACAUGUCUGCACAUGAGACAUGGACAGUUAUCCUCCUGGAAGAUGCCUUCACCAUGGGAGAUAAUAUCCUGGCAUGAAGGAAUCUAUGCGGUAGCUACAAAGGUCACAGUCGGCAACUGUCAUGAUCCCUUCAAUUACUACCAGGUGUCCCAAAGGAGCCCGAGUGACUGUCCCCAUAGCAUAAUGGGCACUCCACCUGGUGCCAUUCACCUAGAUAUAGCAUAUCUGGAUGUGGCAGCUGACCUGGUGGAAAUGUCAUCCAUCCUGACAGUUGACAUUUGCAUUGACCUUCAUUAUAGCCUCAAUGAUCCCUUGCCCACUGCAGUUGCAAUUGAACAUUUUGGUGGAUUGGUAUGGAAACAUACAGUUACCACAUGUUCUGGAGCCCUGUGUCCAACAAUGUACAUAUAAUUGUGGGUUCAAAAACGUGCAUAGCUGCUCAAGCAUUGUUUUCUGUAAUUAGAUAUGCUACAUAUUGCCACAUGUCCAGCUUCACAGAGCAGGCAAGCCUGUGACCUCCAUGAUUUGUG